AUGGGCUAUAAGAGAAGGCAGCCGAGAGGAGCCAGCGAGAGGGGUGGGCGUGAGCUGGCUGACUGGGGAAAGAGAGAGAGAGAGAGAGAGGCGUGGAGGGCAGCGAGGGGCAAAAGACCGAGACCCUCUGCCGUUCCCUUCCUUCCUUCGUUCUCAGGUCUUGCCCUGGAAGCCCAGCGGCCGAGCAGCGAAGUCGUGACUCUCCUUCGCCUUCCCGAGCGAUUCAGCACCCAAAGGGCUCGCCUGCCUGAAGUGGACGUCCACCCACCCCUUCCUGCCCUCCGGCCGGCUUUUCUUGCCAAAGAUCACCCCUCUCUCCCUCUCUCUUUCUUUCUUUCUCUCCACCGCCGGCCCGGCUCCCUUCGCCGCUCGUCUGGCGCCUGCGGAAGGUGCCACAGCCGAGGUGCCACAACCACUUCUGUCAAUUUGCCAGCCAGCUGCUUCAGCGACUGAGUUAAAAGGGGGGUGUGGACGCCCAGGCUGAGCUCGCCGGCAGCCAGGGUGGGCGUGGGGGAAGAGAGAGAGGAGCUUUCGCACCCGGACGAGCGAUCCGCCCACCCCUCGCCGGAUGAUGAGAAAAUAACCCGGGGCUCAGUGGCGCCUGGAACGUGGAAGACGAGGGGAGCAGGAUGGUCCAGCAGAGGAGCGUGCGGAGCCGGGGGUCGGAGGGCAAGCGGGAGGUGUGCCCCAAGGAUGCCCUGCUGCUGAAGGAUGCCAAAGGGGAGCCGGGCUGGUGCAAGACUCCCAGCGGGCACAUCAAACGCCCCAUGAACGCCUUCAUGGUGUGGUCCCAGAACGAGCGGCGGAAAAUUAUGGACCAGUGGCCGGACAUGCACAAUGCUGAGAUCUCCAAGCGCCUUGGCCGCCGUUGGCAGCUGCUUCAGGACUCGGAAAAAAUCCCCUUUGUCAAGGAGGCAGAACGGCUGCGACUGAAGCACAUGGCUGACUACCCAGACUACAAGUACCGGCCCAGGAAGAAGGGCAAGGUGGGCACUGCUAAGUCCCGCCCCAGGGUCUCGGUCAAGAUCAAGCCCUCCGUCCUCGGGAGGGUGGCGUCCAGCAGAAGGCAGCCCCCCAAGCAGGGUGGCAGCGGCAGCCAGGAGGGACGCUCGACGCCCGAGCUGGAUGACGACCCGCUGGAAGCGCGGCUGAUGGAGGCGCCUUUUGACGACGGCCCGAAAACUCCUGGCAAAGAGUUCUGGCACGUGCUGCCGGCGAGCGGCGAGAAAGGAGCUUGGGGGGGCAGUUCUGGCGACCCAAAGGACCACGAGGUUGGUGCUGCUGCUGCUGCCAAGUCCUUUUCGGACCAGGCAAGGUCCUCGGAGACCCCUUCUCCAGCGUCCACCCGGUCCCCACUGUCUUCCUUCGCCUCGUCGGACGAAGAGUUUGAAGAAGAGCUCUUGAGCUUCCUGCCCGCCCGAGCCCAGCCGAACACGCCCUGUGGGACGCCGGACUGGUCUGUCUUCGACAAAGACCUGGACCUCUUCCCCUUGGGCGCCACGUCUCACUUUGAGUUCCCGGAUUAUUGCACCCCGGAGGUGACUGAGAUGAUCGCUGGGGACUGGCUGAUGUCCAGCAUCUCAGACUUAGUCUUCACGUACUGAAUCCCUUAGCCAGGUAAACUCUCACUUCUCCGCAAUCAGGUUGUCUCAAAAAAAGAAAAAGAAACCCAGCUGUUUACAUGCAGGAAUCAGGUAUCUCCAUUUUCUUGCCUUGGCUGCAUUCAAAGGCGAGCUCUCCAUCAGCCCAUCCCCCGCUCUGCACACACCCACUUUGCCGGCACCCUCCGGCUUGGCAGGGCUGGCGUGCCGGGGCUGGGCUCCUCAUCUCCUCUCGCCCCCCACGAGCCACCGAGGGAUCCGGGCUCGAUGCAGUGUGUAUUUACCCAUGAAAUUUGACUGUCUAAUCAGGUUCCCCCCCCCCCAUUGCAAGCCUCUCCAGCCGUCUUCCCCCCCCACACCCCCGCCUCUUCCUCCUCGCAGCUGCUUCCCAGCUCCUCCGCCAUCCAAGGCGGAGGUCGCCCCCCCCCCCAGUUUCCACACCGAUCCAUUCCUCUCCUCUUCUCCUGCUUGCCCACGCUCCUUCCUUUCAGCUCCUUAUUCCUCUUGCAAGCUUCCAAUUCUCCACUUUGAUUUCCGUGCCAUUUCAGCGCUUGUCUUGUGGUGGGCAGCCGGGGGUGUGGGGGGGUGUAUUCUGUCCUUCGGUUACCUGACACCCGCACCCCCCCAAACUGCCAACCCUUUCCCCCUUCUGUUCCAUUUUAAAUGGCUCCCAGGAAAGAGAUCCUCCCUGUUGGAUCGCGUCGCGUUCAGAGAGAUGUUCAGGAACAUUUGCCGCCCGUCUUGCACCCGGUGUGGGCAGGGCUUCCGGGUCCUCGUUUCACAAUAACUUUUUUGUUUUGUUUUCUUUUCCGCACAAAAACACGCUCCCGAACCGGGUUGGGGAAAAGCACAGCCGGGCGGCGCCCACGUGGUGUUCACGUGGAUCCGAAGCUCGCACAUGCCCUCUUCUUGUGGGCAGCUAGUUCCUGUCACCGACACCCCGAAAAUGCCACCCUCCCCGAUUCCCCCUAGAGGUGCAUGCCACGGGCAUGAGCCGUGGGUGGGUCCCUCCUUCCUCUCGCGUGCUGCAUCCAAAGCAGACCGAGGUCUUGUUGGCAUCCUUCCCUCCUUGCCACUCCCUCUGUGUUGCCACGUUCCAGCCUCUCUGGGUAUUGGCCAAGGAGAUUGCUAGCGCCGGGAAAUCUCUUAGGGCGGGGGUCCCUGGGAUGGGAAGCUCAAGCCCACCUGAGAGGGACAGAGGGCAACUCCCCCAACCUCUGGGGGGCCGUGACUUUCACCGAAGGUCAAAUCCAGCCUCCCUGCUGGCUGUCGGCAGCGG